CACUCUAAAAACUGGGGCAUUUGUCUUCAGAUGCUCAAAUUUUUUAGGCCUUUGAAGUGGUUCAUAGAUGAUCGUCCUAGGGAAUCAAUUGAUUUUCUGGCUUGCAUGGCGUGUUCCUGAACUCUUAACACCCUACUCUUCUCUGAUUGACUCCGUUUCAUGAGGCUCCUUUACAUGCUUCUUAUGUAUUACUGAGAAUGUUUCUUGUAAUUUUAUUCUCUAAGGUUUAGAGUGUAAUUUAUGUGAGAACUGUUUUCACUCUCUGUUUUCACCUAAUUUAUUCAUGCGCUUGUUUCUUGUAAUCGUUAACAUUCAUUGUAAAGAUCUAGCACUAGCAGCACCUUCCCCUAAAACAUGUGGAACGACUAACAUCAAUCAAGUAGUGUGGUUAUUUUGCAGAUCCUCAAUGCAGACUUUGAAUUAAAAUGAGAACUGGCAAAUGGCUUAUCAAGUGUUAAAUUUAAAGAUCUCAGUGCCUGCCUACUUUGGCUUUUUUUUCUUUAUCCAAUUAAAUGCUAUGAAUAUAUGUCCCAUGUUGUCCUAUGAUCACAAAUCUUUGCUGUAUUACUCUGAAUUUUGGUGUUUCUUAAGAUUUACACAUUCGAAGUAUUUCUGGUUUAUAUUUGUAUAGGAAAAUCUAUUUUGUCAGUGGAAGCUUUGGAGAAAAUGAUGGAAGAUCCAGCAGUGCAGAAGCUUGUUUAUCCGUAAUAUGGAUUCAUUGUCUAUCUAACAAUUAUAUGCGUUCUAAUUAUUAUAAUAAUUUAUGUUGCUUUGUUACUGUGUUUAUUUAAAUGGCAUAGAAAAGCAUGCCGCCGCUAUGGUUAUAAGGUGCAAAUACGUGGCCUUUGGAACUUUCUACUUAUUUGGGACAAUAGGAUUUAUCAGCGUACUGUGGUCAUAUGCUUUACAUUCUACAAUUAUGCCAAGGUGGCUCGUCUAAUAUUGCAAUGCUUUUAGUAUGAUAUAGAUAAGUUUCUUCCAAUUUUUAGAAUAAGCCUCAUUCAAUCUGUUAGUUUUCACUUCAUAUGACUCUUUCUGUUUGUACAUAAUUAGAUCAUUGGUCUUGUUUCAUUAUUGUCACGGUGGCUAUGACUGAAGUUGCUUGAAAAAAGUUAUAUUGUAAACACAAUUAACUUAGGUAGAAAUUGGUAACAUCGUAUCCUCUGCUAUGCCUCUAUCAUCUUGUUUUAGCCUAUACCAGUAUUAUUGGUUUUGGAACUGAAGUUAUUUUGUUUUAUUCAUAUUAUUUGCAGUCAUUUACCUGAGGAGUUGAGGAAUCCUGACAUCUUCAAUUGGAUGCUACAAAAUCCACAAUAUCGUCAACAACUUGAGGAGAUGAUAUCAAAUUGGGCAUUCACCUGAAGAAGCUUUUGUAAAAAUCAUGGCCGAUCCUGAACUUAGACUAGCCUUCCAAAACCCAAGAAUUCAAGCAGCGAUCAUGGAAUGUUCACAGAACCCACUUAGCAUUUCAAAAUAUCAAAAUGACAAGGAGGGAAUCUCUACAUUGUUUCUGUUGUCUCCUGAAAAAUAUCUCAAGUCUCUCAGCAUUGCCUGCAGCAACUUCAUUUACCCAGUCCAUUUCUUACAGUUUGUGUGCCGGCCAGAGAAGCUGCAGUGCAGUGGAGCCUCUUCUAGAAGCACCAUGCAUAUUGUCUCCAUCCAGUUUUUCAUUAGAACAUAGAUUAAAUGUGUUUGGUUUCCAUACUCUUGGAAUUUGGAUACAUGCGAGGUACAUGAGUAAUGCAUCAGUUGAGCUGAAGACAGAAAAUGAUGUUGUCCGGUUUUCAAUUGGUAAGCCUGCUGAUAAUGCCUUUUCCCGAACAGAAGGAAAGAAGAAGAACAAACGGAUCAAAAUUUCUAAAAGGGCCAAACUGAAUGAACUCAGAUUCUAUCACCUGAAGGCCAAAAAGAAGAUGACUUCUCCAAAUCCAGAAGUUAGGUUUAGAUACAAACUUGAAAAGGCCAAACGAAAGGAAGCAUGGUUGAUUGAGAUGUUGAGGAAAUUUGAAGUUCCCAAAGCACCUGCUGAAACAUAUGAUCCUGAAAUCCUAACUGGAGAAGAAAGGCAUUACUUUAAGCGAACUGGUGAGAAAAAAAAAAGGAACUAUGUCCCAGUUGGAAGACGAGGCGUUUUUGGAGGGGUUGUUCUUAAUAUGCAUCUUCAUUGGAAGAAGCACGAGACUGUAAAGGUAAUAUGCAAGCCAUGCAAACCAGGACAGGUUCACGUAUAUGCUGAAGAGCUUGCUGGACUGAGCAAAGAAAUUUUGAUCGACAUAAAAGCUAACAACGUUAUACUUUUCUACCGGGGAAAGAAUUAUGUGCAACCAAAAGUAAUGUCACCUCCAGAUACAUUGUCUAAAGACAAGGGCUUGGAAAAGUACAAGUAUAAGCAGUCACUUGAGCAUACAAGUCAGUUCAUUGAGAAAUUGGAAGAAGAGCUAGAAGAGUAUCAGAAGCACCUUGCUCGGUACAAGAAAGCAAAAGAGGACACACCAAAAGAUUCUGUUAUCGAUACCUGAUUUGUCAUUUACCUGAGGAGUUGAGGAAUCCUGACACCUUCAAUUGGAUGCUACAAAAUCCACAAUAUCGUCAACAACUUGAGGAGAUGAUAUCAAAUUGGGCAUUCACCUGAAGAAGCUUUUGUAAAAAUCAUGGCCGAUCCUGAACUCAGACUAGCCUUCCAAAACCCAAGAAUUCAAGCAGCGAUCAUGGAAAUAUGUCCUACUCUGAAGCACUUAUUUAAAUGUGUCAUACGAAAUCUCUGAACAUUCUAUUUCUUUUCCAGUGUUCACAGAACCCACUUAGCAUUUCAAAAUAUCAAAAUGACAAGGAGGUCAUGGAUCUUUUCAAUAAAAUAUCAGAACUCUUCCCUGGAGUGUCUGGUCCACCUUGACUUUGUUCGUUCAUCCUGAUUUUCCAUCUGCUGGUCUAAAUGGGUUCAACAUUUCUUUUCCAUGCUCAAGGUGUGGUUAGAAGUUAGAACAGAAUCUAAAGCCUGCAUGACCGAACAUACUCUCUCUUCCUCGUGGCCUGGCCACAUGCUGAGAUGCUUCUCGCCGCAUCCCUGUUCUGAAUCGGUACGGCCAGUCCUCGUAAACUGAGUUCACCCUUGAGAUUUCUCUCCCCCCAUCUCAUGGUUAAAUACAUAUGUACAUGGUUGACGAGUUUUGGUGAUGGCUUCUAUGUUGUUUUCUUAGUUGUGAUCGGUACUUAAACUAGUUACUCUCCCACUUUGUUGUAUUUAAGAAUCAAGAUGAUCAAUUGUGCUCAUCUAUACUUCACCACGGAUCUGUCUAUGCCUCUGUUUUCCAGCCUCUCGCGCACGAAUGCAGUCGACGAAGUUUCAUGGGAA